UCCCUCUUAAUAAUAUCCAAAAACUCAUUAGGCUUGAUCAAGAUGGAUUCAUAAUUGUUUCAAUCAAGAAAAUUUCAUAUCAGCUGACAGCUGUUACAGGUGUUCUGUCCGGGUUUGGUUAGUGGGCUUUUUUAUGGAUCGGGCCUGUUUGCGGACAAGUGUACUAUCAGCUAUUACAGGUGUUCUGUCCUGUCCACAUUCAUGUCGCAUGAUGAUAACAGACUAUUGAGCACAAGGCAAUAGGCAAAAGUUUUGUGCGCUACGCCUAUAUAGAUUUGUUUGAAGCGUUGUGCACUUGUUUUUCUGGGGGUUUAAUUAUUUCAGUUUGUGUUUGUAAAAAUGGCUGGAAUGGCGAGUGGCACCAAAAUAACGGAUAUGGGUAUGGACUCUUUGAUUCACUGCGCCAGCUUUCUCAAUCUUCAAGAUAUCUCCAAUUUGUCUCUCACCUGCAAAUACCUCAAUUCACUUGCUUAUUCUGAUUCCAUCUGGCGAUCCUUCUUCAGACAGAGAUGGCCUCAACAAGAACCUUCUAGCAUCUCAGAACGCUCAAGUGUGAGAGAAGCAUACAUCACUAGAAAUUUUGAUGUGCAGCAAUUUAAAUUUGUUGACCCUUUUGCUGCUGAUAUUCUCACUGAUGCAAAACCUUUUGACAAUUUGUUCAUCAACAAAAAUGAUAUUGUUUUCUCACAGGGUCCAGCAAUAAACAUAAUGAAGAUUGAUAGCUUUCUAAAGAGAAGAGAGCCUCUCCUAACGCUCCGUGAUCAUAGUGCUCGAGUCAGUUGUAUGAGAUUCUAUUCUCUCGAUGAGACUUCUUUAUUCCGUAGUGAGACACAAAGAAAUGAGAAAGUUUUGGUAACAUCAAGCUAUGACCACUCCAUUCGCCUAUGGUGGAAGGGAAAUUGCCAGAGAUGUUUCAGAGGUCACAGCGGGCCAGUUACGACACUUUCAGAUAAAUUGUUGGGUGAAGGUAGUGGCAAAGUAUUUGCGAGUGGAGGUGAUGAUGGUACUGUUCGACUCUGGUCACUAAACUUAAACGGAAAGCGUGGUCAACAUGCUUUAAGAGCUACACUUUAUGGUCAUGGGAAGCCAUUAGUACUGAUGUCAGUUGCAGGGCACAAAAGUUCUCUUUUGGUGAGCAUGUCCAAAGAUUCAAAGUUGAGGCUUUGGGAUACCGCUACAUCAUCUUCGAGUUCUUCGUGCUGUGUCGGGAUGACUUCGAUACCUGGUGCACCUGUUGGCCUGAAAUGCCAUGAAUCACUUCUUUUUGUAGCUGCUGGUUCUUCGGUUGUUGCAAUUGAUUUGAGAACCAUGAAAAAGGUUUUCAGCACACCAUAUUAUCCGCCAAGUUUGUUUUCAUUUGAAAUACUUCCUUCCAAAUCAUUAAUCUGCACUGGUGGCAUGAACAGUGCAAUGCUUUGGGAUAUGAGAACAUUCUCUGAGACGGUGAAAACAAAGCCUUUAGGUUUGCUGGAUGGGCAUAUUGGUCCAGUCAAGUUUUUGCACAUGGAUCGGUAUAAAGUAGUUUCAGGAAGUCCUGAGGAUCCAUUUGUCAAUGUUUGGGAGUCUGACACAGGUCGACAAACAAAUAUCUUGGCUUGCAACCCUACUGGUGGUCUGCAUUCUACCACAGGUGGUUCUGCCAUUGCUGUUAAUGGUUGUGAAAUAGUCACUGGUAGCUGCACUGAAGGACAGGGGAUUAUACACUACAGGAACUUCAACUAUGCUACCAGUCAAGUUUUAGCAGAAGAGAAUGAAGGUGGUUCGAAGUUUUGGGGUCCUCAACAUUGUAGUGACAGUUAUGAAUCUGAUAGCUGAUCAUGUUUCUUGUACCAGAUAUAUAUUACAAGCAGCACAAUGUCUUGUGAAUUUUGUUUGUGAAAAAUAACAGUAGUCGUUAUAAGUUUAAGUAUUAAUAUCUCACAGGGGUUCA